UUCCCAUGGUAGUGUCACCCCAAGUUCGUGUUGAAUUCAAGGACGAUAACGACCAUUCCAUCAUACGUAACGUUAAGGCCCGGUCUGUGAAAACGCCAUUUUUUGGCUCUCGGAAACUGAACAUACAGCUUGUCGUCUCCGUUAAAGCAUUGUCUUAUCUAGCAGCAAAAAACCAAUGUACUAAAAUAAGCGUAAAUAAAAAGUUACCGUACUAAUAUUACGGACUUCUGGAGAAGUAAUACAUGCUUUGCUCAAUCUGAUUU